UGACAAACGAAUACCCCAAAGAAGAUAGUGAGACAGUUUACCAAAGCACAGACACAAUGCAUGAUAUGCGUGCAUUAACACGUACAAUGACAGAAAUGUCAAUUGAAUGUGAUACACAGGAUGACGCUAAAAGCUUAGUAUUGGACGACAAUGAAAAAUUGGAUCGCAUGCUGAUUGAGCGCAAAGUCAAGGCUGUAUUUGAAUUACCUAAAUCAGAAGUGUUACGAAAUGAAUUUCCUUGUUAUCUAAUAAGGUUGGUAACAUUGCCCGGUUGGAUGUAUGUUAUGUCCAACUAUAUUUGUUUUUAUGCUUCAUUACCUACAAAAAAGAAAGGACCUUAUAAAGCAGGCUAUUUGUCUAAAAAAAAUCACAUUACUUCACCACGAACCUAUCGAUACUAUUUUGAGUUAAGAAAUCAUGUUCUGUCAUGGUAUUCUUCUGCAGAAACAAAAUAUGCGCCCCUCAACAGCAUUGAUUUGAAAUGCAUUGUCAAGAUUGAACCUUCUCGACUAAAGAAGUGUGGCAUUCGACUAACCACAAAUACACAUCAUCAUUAUACUAUGAUUGCUGAUUCAGAAACGUCUCAGCGAGAAUGGAUGGAUGAGUUACGAAGAGGUGUCUUUAUGGCCCAACAUGCAGGAAACAGCGUUCGUAUUGUAUUGCCCUUUACCAAAAUCUUGAAUAUAGAUAAACCCCCUAUUUUUGAAUUUGCUGAAACGAUCAGCAUCAAAUUCCAAGAUGAUUUAAUGAACACAGGAGGAGAAGAUUAUUACUUUUCUUUCUUUCCAAAUAUUGAGGAAGCAUAUCAAGAAAUCAUUAGCGUUUGGGCAGAUAGUACUCAAUCAUCUUUGCCUAGUAAUGCCUUGUCAUUGAAAUCAUCAUCAUCACCACCUCCACAACAACAACAACAAAAAACCAUGCCAACUAAUGAAAUGGGUUCCUUGAGCUUUGAUAGUCUCUUGGAGAAUGUUUCUCCUGCUGCACUACCUACAAUGCUAAUGGGAAAACUCAUGAGUGUCACCAGUUUGUUUCAACUGCAUCCUAAUACAGUAUCAACAGCUGAUGAAAACGACUUGGCCUCUGAUAGUGAUGAUGAAUCCAAGUCGAAUGAAAACCCUAAAUCAAAGCGAUAUUCUUUCUUUUCUAAGCAGUCCGGUGUUGAAAGUGAUCCCAACAAUUUGGCAACCGUUUCGAACAACUCUCAGACAACCAAGGCGCGACCCCAUUCCGCUUCGUAUUCUUUUACAAGAAUACCUCGUACGAUUAAAAAUCAAAUGUUUGGUGUUGACAGCAUGUCUGACCAACCAGCAGCAGAAGAAAACACAAGUAAAAACACUUCCUUGUCUUCACUCUAUCAAAAUCUGUUUCCUUUUUAUCUACACAACAAAUCUGAUAACAUUCGAAAUGUAUCUUCUUCUUUAGAAGCAGCCCAUACAGACAUGAAUUUAACGAGCGGCGAUAUUUCUUUAAUGACUCAAGAAGACGUUGACUCCAACAAGCCAUCUACAGCGCUCACACGAACUCGAAAGAAGCGUGCCAAAUCAAUGGGCUCUGCUUUACUCUCAAAUACUUGGGGCAAACUAGCACCGAGUAUGGUAGAUAACUAUUAUCAACAGCAGCACAUCAAUGAAAGCCACCACCGCCAUCCUCAGGGGCCUAUUUGGCUUGCUGACAAAAUGAUUCAAGAUUUAGAAAAUUCACAAGGUGAUUCUGAUGGCAAUGAAUCAGACAAUGAUGAAGAUAAUAUCGCAUAUGUUUAUAAUCAUAAAAAGAUAAAUGAUACUAUCAAACAAGAACAACAGCAGACAAUGAAUGAACAUUUGAAUGCAAACUUUCCCAUGUUACUUGAGCCCGAGAAUGUACAAGCAGUUUUCAAGGCUUCCUUUUGGCGUACUAUUCCUUAUUCUGGCAAGAUCUAUAUUACAGAUCGAUAUUUUUGCUUUCAUAGUAAAGUGUUGGCUGGUAAGCAAAAAUUUAUUGUGCCAUGGCAAGAUAUAAUUCAAGUCAAGAAGCUUAAGACAAGAAGUUAUUAUUUGCUCCAUGGUUUGACAAUAAUUGUAAAAGACAUUGCUGACGAGGUAUAUUUUGAUUUUUCUUCUUUACAAUUGCGAAAUCUCUGUUAUCAGAUAUGUCAAUUGAAACGAGACAACACAACUGCUCUUGAAACAAGUUCCGUUUAUUCCAGGGAGUCAAACACAGGCAUCUCUAUUGCCAGCAACAUCAUUUUAGAUAGACCAGAACACAUUGAGCCUCCUCAAGACUAUGAUGGACCUCCUUUGCUUUCUUCUUCAACAAUAGCAUCACAGCCUUCUAUUAAGUAUAAAAAGCCAGCAAAACCACUUCAUAUCACUUGCCUCACCAUUGGUUCAAGAGGAGAUGUUCAGCCUUAUUUAGCUCUAUGCAAAGAACUAAAAAAAGACGGACACACAUGUCGUAUUGCUACCCAUCCUGAAUAUGAAAACUGGAUAACAGAUCACGACAUUGAAUUUAGAUCGAUUGGUGGUGAUCCCGGUGAUCUUAUGAAACUAUGCAUUGACAAUAGCUUUUUGUCUGUUUCGUUUAUCAGAGAAGGCACAAAAUUCUUUUAUGAAUGGUUUGAAUCUUUGCUCCAAUCAUCUUAUGAAGCAUGUCAAGGCACGAAUGUGAUUAUUGAGAGUCCUAGUGCCAUGGUGGGCGUUCAUAUGGCAGAAAAACUUCAAGUUCCUUUUUUCCGUAGUAUGCCGUUCCCGUUCACUCGUACAACCAAAUUUCCUCAUCCUUUUGCCACACAGAAUACUGGAGGAGGAGGUAUUUUUAAUGAUAUGACUUAUGUCAUGAUAGAUACAGCUUUAUGGGCAGGCACCGCACGAUAUAUCAAUCGGUUCCGUCGCCAAGUGCUUGGCCUACCCAGUACAACCUUAGACCGUCUAGAACUUUGGAAAGUGCCUUACCUCUACUCAUUUAGUCCGACUGUAGUUCAUCACCCUAAAGAUUGGCCAGACUAUAUUCAUUGUACAGGCUAUUGGUUCCUUGAUAAUCCAGACAGGUCAUGGCAACCUGAUCCUUCUUUACUUGAUUUCUUGCAUUCAGAAGAUAAACGGCCUAUUGUCUAUAUAGGGUUUGGGUCUAUUAUUGUACCGGAUCCUGUAGAGACAACGCUUAUGAUUGUCAAUGCAGUGCUAAAAGCCAAUGUACGUGCUAUCAUCUGUAAAGGAUGGUCUGCUCGAGCCAGUGGUGAUGCCAAUAGUGGCCUGACUAGAAAGACAAGUCGUCAUAAAGAAUCGAAAUCAGAAAGCGAUGUGGAAAAUAUCAAGCAUGAACAGGAAGAACAGGACGAAGAUAGUGAGCAGAUGCUGGAUCAACAUCCUGGUACCAUCUAUCAUAUUGAAUCUGUGCCUCAUGAUUGGCUGUUUCCUCAAAUUCAAGGUGUGGUUCAUCAUGGUGGUGCAGGCACAACAGCAGCUGGUCUAAGGGCUGGUUUGCCUACUAUCAUCAAGCCAUUUUUUGGUGAUCAGCGAUUUUGGGGACAGCGUAUUGAGGAGCUUCAAGUGGGUGUAUGUUUGAAUAAGCUCAAAGAGAACCAGUUGACUGAAGCCAUCAAGACAAUCACGCAGAAUACGGCCAUGAUUGUCAAGGCUCAAAUGGUAGGAGAAGCGAUUCGAAAGGAAAAUGGCCCUCAAAACGCUGUAGAAUGUAUGUAUAGAGAAAUGGAAUUUGCAAGGCAACAAAGAAUACCGCACUCUUAAAUAUACUACUUUACCCUCUCAAUUUAAAAUGAUUCCCAAUAGCAUAUCUAUUCAUGGUAAUAAAUUCUAAAGUCAGCCUUUCGAUACCUUUUGUCUUUUGGAUAUACAUUCCAGACGUCUUUUGUAUGCAAU